AUGCCGUCACCAACCACGGCAGGACCCCCAAGGUCCGCCGAGAUCACUGAUGCGGACCACGGACGGCCAGGCACGAGCGAGGCACCGGCCUCGGGCGUCCCCCACGCACACAACCUUGCCGCCGGUCACGAAGGCUAUUUCAGCAGUGAUGACACCACCCGAGCCCCAUCGACGGCAGGAGACGAGACCGAGAAGGCGUGGGAGGCGGCCACAGCAACCGGCGAGAAUGAGAAGAAGGAUGUCAGGGCGACCGGCGAUAGCGUUCGGGACGAGCCCGUCGGGCAGGAGGACGGCGGGGAGGAGGAGAUGGAGUAUCCCACAGGGCUACCGUUCGUCUUCAUCAUCAUUGCCUUGGUGCUCAGCAUCUUCCUGGUUUCUCUUGACAUGACAAUCGUGGCGACGGCCAUCCCCAAGAUAACCGACGAGUUCCAUGGCCUAGAAGACGUCGCCUGGUAUAGUUCUGCCUUCUUCAUGACGGUCGGCGGCUUCCAGUCGACAUGGGGCAAGGUGUUUAAGUACUUCCCUCUCAAGAUCAGCUUCUUCAUCUCCAUCUUUGUCUUCGAACUCGGGAGCCUGAUCUGCGGCGUGGCGCCAAACUCGACGGCGCUGAUCGUCGGACGCGCCAUCGCCGGGGUUGGCGCUGCCGGCAUCGGCUCCGGGGCCUAUACGAUCAUCGCCUUCGUCGCACCGCCCAAGAAGCGGCCCGUCUACACCGGCAUCGUGGGCACCUCGUACGGCAUCGCCGCCGUGGUCGGACCCCUGAUCGGCGGUGCCUUUUCCGACCACGUCACUUGGAGGUGGUGCUUCUACAUCAACCUCCCCAUCGGCGGCGUCUCCCUCGCCCUCAUCUUCUUCUUCUUCACCACACCCAAGGGAGCCAAGCCGGUCGAGGCGAGCCUGAAGGAGAAGAUUCUCCAGACGGACCCGCUCGGCACAGCGCUCGUCAUGGGCGGCGUCAUCUCGUACAUCCUGGCGCUCCAAUACGGCGGCCAGACGAAGGCUUGGGACAGCAGCACGGUCAUUGGGCUGAUCGUCGGCUGCGUCGUCAUCUUCAUCGUCUUCGGCUUCUGGGAGUUCUACAACGGCGAGCGUUCCAUGAUCGUCCCGCGCCUCUUCUUCCACCGCCAGAUCUGGGUCUCGUCCGUCUUCGCCUUCUUCUUCGCCGGCUCCUACUUCAUCAUCAUCUACUACCUGCCCAUCUACUUCCAGAGCGUCGACAACGCGAGCCCGACCGAGUCGGGCGUGCGCAACCUGCCGCUGAUCAUAGCCGUCACCAUCGCGACCGUGCUCUCGGGCGUGGCCAUCACGGCCACGGGCAUCGCCGCCCCGGUGGCCGUCGGCGGCUCGGCCGUCGGCACCGUCGCUGCCGGCCUGCUCUACACGCUCGACAUCGGCACCGGCGCCGGCAAGUGGAUCGGCUACCAGAUCCUCGCCGGCCUCGCAUGGGGUGCUGCCUUCCAGGUGCCCAUCAUCACCGGCCAAGCCUCGGCGGCGCCCCACGACAUGUCGUCUGUCACCGCCAUCAUUCUAUUCUUCCAGAUAGUCGGCGGCGCCUUCUUGGUCUCGGCCGCUCAGUCGGCCUUCGUCAACAAAAUGGUCCACGAGCUGGCAACGUCGGCGCCCUCGCUCGACCCGCUCAUCGUCCUGGGCACGGGGGCGACCCAGAUCCGCGACGUGUUCCCCGCCGACGCGGUCCCGGGCAUCGUGGUGGCCUACAUGCAGGGCAUCAAGACGGCCCUGGCGCUGGUUAUCGGCACGACCGGAGUCGCUUUCUUGGUCAGCCUGUUCAGCAACUUCAAGAGGCUGAAUACCGAAGCGCUCAAGACGGGCGGCGCGGCGGCGUAA